AUGAAAAAGGGUGACCAACACCCACACUAUAAAAUAGUUCUCUUAGGACCUGCGCGUGUAGGUAAAACAUCUAUAAUUCAAAGAUAUGUCAAUGAUCAAUUCAAUAUUAAUACAAUUUCAACAACUCAGACUGCAUUUUUUCAAAAAGAAUUAAAUGUCGAUAAUCAAAUUAUUGUUCUUGAUAUUUGGGAUACUGCUGGCCAAGAAAGAUAUCAUUCAAUCAUUCCUAUGUAUUAUAGAGACGCCGAUGGAAUAUUAAUAGUUUUUGAUUUGCUAGAUGUAACUUCUUUUUCAAAAGCAAAGUUCUGGAUGAACGAGCUCAAGAAUAAUCUUGUAGUUAAAGAUACUCCAAUUAUAUUAGUCGGAAAUAAACAUGAUCUUCAAUCUUUACGAGUUGUAGACCCACAAGACAUUACUAACUUUACACAAAUAGAAAAUUUAGAGUAUUUUGAUACAAGUGCGAAAACGGGAUUUUUCAUUGAAGAAAUUUUCAAAAAAAUCGGCAUGAAAGCAAUGCAAAUGCGCUCAAUACAUAAGCAAAAGGAAAAUCCAAUGUGCGAGAAGAAGAAUCGAUCAUGCUGCUAA